AUGGAUCGCCCCAAAGUCACUGUACAUCCAGGUCCAGAAAACUAUGAUUUAUUAAUACUCCAGCAACAACAUCGAUUCCAGGCUGUGUGGGAUGAAAAAUUGACCGGACAGAACGCGUGUUUAACUAUACGUCGUGCGAAUCAUGAAUUCUGGAAUCAAGUGAGGCAAUACCCUUUACAUAAUCGCAUCCUUAAUUACUUUGAGAGGUGUGGAUUUGGGGGAGUUUUAGCAGUAGGUAAUGUGCAGUAUGAUGAAGGAAUAAUCACUGCACUUAUUGAGAGAUGGCGUCCAGAGACGCAUACAUUUCAUAUGUUGACUGGCGAAUGUGUCAUCACACUGCAUGAUGUCGAGAGAAAUGUUAAAAAAAUAACUAAAUCAACGUGGCGGGAAUUGACGUACGACCUUACUGGUUGGUUGCCCGGAGAAGAAGCAAUUAUAGGUAAUAGCUUGUUGGUAAUAACACAAUUAUCUAAUCAUUUGGAAACCUUGAUUGUCAAGAAUGAUAUUAUUGAUGAACACACUGAUGAGACUGAGGUACAAAAGAGGGUCAGGUUGUACCUGCUUUGGUUGAUUGGUGGCACUAUAUUCCCUGAUAAUACUGGUUCAAAGCUUAGUUUACACUUUUUGCUUGACAUAAUAGACCUUGAUGCAAUCGGCGGGAAAGCUUGGGGAGCAACAACAUUAUCAUACUUGUACAAUUGUCUAUGCUGUGCUUCGAUGGCUAAUAACGGUGAUAUUUGUGGAUUUAUUGCUUUGUUACAGGUUUGGGCUUGGGAGCGAAUAAUCCCGAUGCAGCCAUUACUUCGUCCUCCAAGAGUAAACGAACGAGAUAUUGUAUUUGCGCAGAAGUGGACUCGUCGUGGAGUUCGUGAAAGCGAGACACGAGUUGUGCUAGUCGUUUGUAGGGAUGUUUUAGACAACCUAACUGAUGAUCAGUUUGUGUGGGAUCCUUAUACAGAGGCCAUCAAUGAUGGACUUCCGGAGUGGUGCCGACGUGGUCAAGACAUUUAG